AUGAGUUUUUUACGUUAUAAAACCAUCAUUGAAGAAGGCGAUUUGGUUAUCGCUCACUUAUCGCGCGAAAAUAUGACACCACUUAUAGUUGAUUCUCGGAAAACAUAUAAUAAUAAAUUCGGGACAUUUAAACAUAAAGAUAUGAUAGGUAAAGAGUAUGGUACAAAGAUGCCUUCACAUAAUGGUAGAGGUUUCAUGUAUUUACUUCACCCAACGCCAGAAUUAUGGACGCAUGUAGUUCCACAUAGAACGCAAAUUUUAUAUGUUGCUGAUAUUUCUUAUAUAAUAACCUACAUCGAUUUAAAACCUGGUUCAGUAGUAUUAGAAUCUGGAACGGGGAGUGGAUCAUUUUCGCAUUCUCUGGCGCGUACAAUUGCACCAAAUGGCCAUUUAUAUACAUUUGAAUUUCACGAAGAGCGAGCGAAAGCCGUAAAAAAGGAAUUCGAGGAACAUGGUUUAUCAGAUCUCAUUACGGUAGAAUGUAGAGAUGUUUGCAAGGAUGGUUUUGGAAUUACAAAUAUAGUUCAUGCUGUUUUUUUGGAUUUACCUGCACCAUGGGAAGCAAUUUCAGCAGCAAAAGAGGCAUUUAAGCAAAAUCGUAUCGGUAAAAUAUGUUGUUUUAGUCCAUGCAUUGAACAAGUACAACGAACUUGCGCAUCCUUGAAUGAAAAUGGGUUUGUUGAAAUUAAAAUGUAUGAAUGCCUUAUUCGUGAACAUGAUGUUAAAACGAUACCCGUUUAUACAGUUGCUGAUGCUGUAAAUAAAAUUAAAGUACAACAAGAUAAGAAGCGUAAACGCAAAGAUCAAAAUGAACAAGAUGAUGAUAAUUCUUCUAAAUCUAAACAAGAUCCUCCAAAUUUAUACGUUACUAAGACACCGAAUGAAACUAAAGGUCAUACUAGUUAUUUAACUUUUGCAACCUUUUUACCAGUUUUAGAUGAUGAAUAA